GAUAAACAUAGCGAGAAAAUCAUAUUCAAGAGAGUAUAAUGGCUACUAUUUGUCAGAGAGAAAAACACCUUGAUUUCACAACUUUUGCUGAAAAAAUUGACUCAAAAAUAGAUCCAGACUUUGUUUCGUUGUUAAAAAAUAUUGAAAUAUGGAAUAUCAUACAUAGCUGCGAAUUAUUUGCAAAUGAAGAACUUAUUCCUGUUGGAAGUUGCGUAGACGGUUCAAAGGUUACCGUACCGGGCGACUGUGGUGAUAUGGACGUGCUGAUAGUUUCUAACAAUAUUAUUUUGAAAGAGUAUUUAUUUGAUUACGACCAAGCGUUUCCGGCAUUUCUGCAUAUAAGAGUUAACAAUGAACACCAGAAAUACUUCCAAAUCGUGAAAGAUCCGAUCGAGGGUGUGUACCUUCCGGCAGCAGCUCUUAAAGAGCGUCUUGAAGAAUUGCCCUUUAUAUCAAAAUUGUUGAUGAAGUAUGAAACACUGAAUUUUAUGUCCGAAGAUAGCAAAUUCUUAAACGUGAACCGAUCGACAGCAGUUGGAAAAGAACAGAUGCAAUUAUAUCCGGUAGAGCAAAAUGCUUUUAAAUCCAAUAAUAAACCCAAUACGUUAAAAUUGAAUUUGACAGGAAUGGAAAAUUUUGCCAAAUAUGCGCUUGGUGGAAUUAUGAAUCUAACAAAACAAACUGAAAAAAGAACUCAUGCCAAAGAUGGAUCAACUAUAUGUGAGACUAACAAUAGAACAAUGUUAACUGAUCACGACAACACCUCACUAUUAGAGAUGUUAAAUAGAUUUAAUGACAUGAGCAAAGGCAAAGCAACAGACAGCGGUAAAACAAAAAAUAUUCAACAUACAAGUGGGGAGCGUCCAACAGAAGCUGCUGAUGAUGGGAAAGGUAUUUCGAUGCAACGUGAAACAUACCUUGAAAAAGAAGACAACAACAUGCCACAAGAUUCGUUUUCAACUGAUACAUUGCGUGUCAAUGCAUAUGAGAGAAAAUUAUCACGAGACUGUCCAGCAACAAAAACAAAAUGGAAUGAUUUUGGUACAGAUUCUAAAUUAGACAAUAAGCGUAAAAACAAAAAUGUCAUGAAAUCAAAUCCCACGGAAGCAAAAGAAAGUUGUUCAGCACGUGAACGUAUAAAAAAAUCAUCAAAACAUGAAACAAAAAAACGCGAUGCCUCAUUCUCAAAGUUAAAGUCAAUAGACUUUGUUCCAGCAUUUAAAUUUGAAGGAUGGCCACGGGUAGCAGAUGAAUGGGUAACUCGUUCGAGAAAAUGGCCUUCGAAAGUAACUCUGAAAAGGGUUCUGGAAUCAGGAUGUCAGGUCGUAGCAAAACAACCUUUAGCCUUGUAUAGCAAACCAAUAGCGGAAGAGAGAGACCCGUAUUUCAGACUGUCAUUUGCACUUUCUGAAAUAAUACUAGCACAAAGUUUGAAAGAGCAACAGCUGUUGUGCUGGCGAGUAUUAAAAGCUUACCAGAAACGUUUUCUUGAGACGUCACCAAAAUGUCUGACAUCAUAUCAUUGGAAAAACGUUAUGUUCUGGGUAAAUGAAACCUUAGACGAAUCAUUCUGGACAGACGAAAAUGUACCGGUCGCUGUCAAUUCAUGCUUAGACUUCAUGACAGAUUGUCUUCAAAAACGAAACCUUCCAUUUUAUUUUGUCAGAAGAAUGAAUCUCCUGAAUGGCUGUGAUGAAGCAUUAUUUGAUACCUUGAGAGAACAAGUUGAACUGAUCCGUAGAGAGCCAUUGGAAUUUCUGAAAAAAUUCCUUGUAGAACCUAGUUGCUCUGAAACACAUUUUAUUGAUAAAUGUGUGAUUAAAAAUAUACUAAGUGAAGAGGAACAAGCAAAGAAUAUUAAGAGAAAAUCAAAGGAAAUGGUAAAUUGUGCAAUGGAUUUGCCUUAUUUCGUCAAAAAUCAAUACCCGAUUCAUAAAGUCAUUACACACUUGCUGAAAAGAUGUCGGUCUGAAGUAGAUGAGAGGUUAUCAUAUAAUUAUGAAGACACUGAGAAUUCGCAAGAGAAAUUAUUUCUAGAUACAAUAGAUACAAUUGAACACACAAUGGAAUCAAUGAAAAACAAUGGUAGAGAAGCAGUAUUUAUAGGAGUUAGUGAUUUGUUUGAAACAGUAGCUAAAUUGAUAAAUGAUGAAGUGUUUAACAACAAAAAUGGUACAGAUUCCGAAAUAGCUAGAAACCAAAGAUUCUCAAAUGUAUUUAGCAGUUUAUCGUCAUUUGUUAAAAGGCCACAGGAAGACGAUCGAUCUUCAGGAGACAUAAGCAAUUUCUUAUCCACUUGUCAUGAAUUUGCAGUGUCAAUGCAAGAACAAUCCAACUCAGUGCAUACAGAAAGCAAUGAAUCUGAAGGAAAAGAAAGCAAAGAGGCAAAUGCAAUAUUUUCAGUUUUCAAUAGUACAUUCGCUGAACUCGUCGAAGUAUGGCAGAAACAUGAAGAUAAAAAAGAAAUCAAUCCAGCUGAUGAGAUAAGGAAGGUACUUCAUGAAGCUUCACAGAAAAUAGAAACGGUGUUUAGAAGGGAAGACAAGGCAAAAAGAAAACCCGAUAUGGAUAUAGAUCUUGAUUAAACACCAGGGUAAAAGUAUAAAAGGCAGACAAGCUCAGAAAAUGUCUACUUUUCAGUUGAACACAGUGCUGUGAACAACAGAAAACUGAUACAUUUUUUCUAAAUAUCUCUACUUUCAUUGAACUUUUUUUUUUUUUUUUGAAAUUUGGAACAAAUGUUCUGUAGUAUGACAGAAUUCAGUGUGUAAAAUUUUGUAAAUUUUUAUCAAGUAAUUACUGCCUUUCUGAAAAAAAUGUUUUUUGUUGUCUGCUAGAAAUUCAAAUUUACCUCUACUUGCUAAAGCCAGCCCACAUAAAGUUUAUGACCUCCCUUUCAGCCAAUAACAGAAUAGGGAAGUUUACAUGAGUAACAUCUUUAUCUGACAGAUGGCGGAAGAUGAAAAAAUAACUCCAUUCAGCAUUUAGAUAAAGAAAAGAAACAAAAUCUUCUGCUUUUUCUAUAAACAAUCUAGAUUUACUCCAUAAAUGAUAAUUUACUUUCUGAUUUAACCUUCAAAAUGUUGCGGGCAGUACUUCCACUGUUAGAUAUCACAUUGUUCACAUAUUCUACAUUUGUUCCACUCAAUUAUCAAGAGUAAUCCCCAGCAUCCCUGUAUUGCACACAUUACAGUAAUUAGCUACACCACUUGAAAGCUGUAGAUAAAAGUGAUUUAUAUCUAGUUCCCAAAACAUUAGUUGACCCAUUAGGUUGGAAGGUUAUUUGACUCCCUUCAAUAUUGACCUACUUCAAACAAAUGAAUAGUAACUGUAUAAUUUGAAACUGUUACAGUUAAAAUAUAUAGGUCUUACAACCAGAUCAGUAGUUUUGGUAUAUUGAAAUAUUAGUACUUCAUAAAAUCAGCAGGUCUGGUUACUUUGAUGUACCUACAUUAUAAAAUGGAGUAUUCUGGUCACUGUGAUAAACUGAACUAAAACAUUGCCAGGAUAUUUAGUCACCAGGUGUAUGUUUUUAGUGCAGGUUGUUAGUAUUUACAUGCAUAUAAAAUAUGGAUAUCAGAGCCAGUAGAUUCAAAAUUCAAUUUCCGGGAAACGUAAAAACAAAUAUUCAAACAUUCAUUAUGUAAUACACAUACUGACAUAUAUUGUUACAACUCUGAGAGAUUAAAACAUUCUAUGGAAUAUGUUUCAAAGAAUUGUGUAAGUAAGCAAAAAUAUUUCUACAUUUUAAUAUUUAUUACAUGAAAUGCUAAUUCCUGUGUACCAUUGCUCUGAUACUGAUACAAAAGCAAAGUUAAGAUUAAACUUCUUAACUUCAUCCAGUCAUGUAAAUUAUUGGUAUUUCAACAAUGGAAAAUAUUUGUAGAUACCCUGGUAGAGACAAAGUCUUUUUAAUUUGUGGAUGAGUAUUUAGUACAAUUUAUUUAAAUCUGAAAACAAGUUGUUCCUGUAUAUAUAAAAUCACACGUGGUUCUGUUUACUAGAGAUAAAAUUUCAGUGUUAUCACCCAUCAUCUGUCAGAUAAGCCCAGUCUACUCUCUAAAUAUGCUUAAUGGCUUUACCACCGCAAUACCAGCCAGGUAGGACCCGGCGUUUAAACCAUUGAUCCUUUCUGUGAAAUCAUAAUUUUCGAGGUGGGGAAGUGGGAUGGGUUGGUGGUAAAUAUCAGAGAUGGAGGAGUGGGAUUGGUUGGUGGUAAUUUUCUCGAAUUAAGUGAUAGCUUCAAUCCACGAAAUCAGAUUGGAAAAAGAUGUCCCAUUUAUUCUAUCUUCAGUAGUUGAAAUCCACAAAUGCGUCUCUCGGAUAAAAUUGAUAGUCGUUUAAGCCUAACCACGAAGUUUUAUACCUGAAAAAUUAAUUGAUUUCACAGUUUUGAAACCUACAUAUUAGGAGUCACACAUACAUAGACUAUUGACUUACAAAAUGAUCCAUACGAUCACGUAUUAUAGAUAAACAAUCAUAAAAUAAUAGCAGAUACAGCUCUAUUGGAGCGUAUUCCUUAUACUAUUUUUAUGGUCAAAACAGAGCGAAUGCAAUUUUCUAGCUGCUACAAAUUAUAGGUUAGAAAAGGACACCAGCUUUGAAAUGCAAAUUUGAAACUAAAGUAAACUUUAAGCCAGAGAUAAUGUGUGUUUUUGCUGCUCCAAAUAUGAAUGAUAUAUAAAAGGAUAGCAGCCUUGAAAUGCAAGUGUGUUGCUGGCAAUUUGAAACUUAAGCUUACUUCGGGCCAGAGAUAAUGUGUUUUAACUGCUCCAAUUUGAAUUAUACAUGUAUAUAAAAGGAUAUCAGUUUUAACAUUUAUGUUUGUUGUGUGCAAUUUGAGACAAUUUUAACAGGACUGUUUUAUAGGUAAAUAAAAUGAGUUUCCUUUGG